AUGAGGAUUGUGACAAUUGGAACAUUUGCCGUUCCACAACACUUCCUUUUGUCCAUACAGUUGUGUAAGGCUUAUGGCAUCGUUCUUCUUAUGGUAAACACUGUCGCACACGCACGAACAAGCCGAACGUCCUUCUACAUGGCGCGCGAGCGCCACGCGCUGAGAAUCUUUUGGUGCGUGAGUAAAAACCGACAGUGGGUUGGAUCGCCGCGCCGCCUGAGUCGAGGGCUUGGAACGUGCAGUCGAUACACGGCUCAAGGCUAA